GUGGUAAACAGAACAUACAAAGUACAGCCUCUGCAAGAUAAUUUCGAUGUGAUUUAAUUUUAUUCUCAGGCGACUAUUCACUGGUACAGAUGGAGAACGCGUAGUGAUCGAACAGAAAUUAAACCUUGAUUGUAUCGUGUUGCUGAUCUGCAUAAGGAUAUACACACUGCUAAUCUUUACUAAUAAGCAAAUGUGUUUUGGAAUUCUUAUCAAUGACAAGCUAGCUCGCCAGUAACUACAAACGAAAAUUAAAGCAGGUUGUAUUGUUGUUAUCUUGUUGUUAUUGUGUCUGAGGGAUAACCUAGCUAGACAGCCCAGCAGCUAGCGUUGUGAGGCAGUCUAUCAAUAGCCGAUUCUAUUUGGUUACUUUCUGUCGUAUAAUCUUGAAAAUGUAAUGCUAGCUAGUUGAUGUCAUCUGUAUUGGUGCACGGGUCAUAGUUGGCAAGAAACUUGCCAAGCGAACUUACUAGCUAAGGCUAAGAGUUAGGCUAACAACAACAGUUCAUUGUCGCAAUUUACUGUCAAGUCCAACCUAACUAUUCGGCUGAAACCGAAAGGUUCACCUGAUGGCCACGUUAUUACUGUUACCUAUCAUUGGCUAUAUAAUUAACAACAAAUUCAUUUUUUCGCAUAAGGACUAGCGAGAUAAAAGUAAAAAAAAAAGCAUGAAACUUCAUUUUCGUUUAAGAGCUGGUUAAGUUCGCUAACUCGAAUCUGUUGGAACAGAAACGAAACCUAAGUUCAUUUCGAGCAUUGGUCGUCUUGUAGUAAAAAAUAGCUGGCUAGCUAGUUAAAACUGAGAGAAAACAUGAAGAUCCAUGUCUGUAUCUCUUACUCUGUUAAAUUGUAGCAACUCUCUAUGUAGCUGGCUUCUUAGUCGCAGAAGUCAAAUAAUAGGCUACGCCGAUAAGUUGGCACUUGUGAACCCGGCAAUAGCUCUGAACACGUCUGGAGUAAUGCAGCAGGAGACCAUGGAACUGGACCUAGUAAUACCAGCAUCUCUGACUCAAAGCGAUGGGCACAUGAGACGAUCCAGCAGCGCCCCGAUGAUAAAUGACCUAAGUGACAACGCUCAGGUGUUUCACCGGGAAGUUCUCCGAGUCCGCAGAAACAGCGCUACGGUCGUGAACCGGCCCUGUGUGGUUCCUUCGUCCCCCAUCCGGAUCCCCAGCACCAGACUCCACCAGAUCAAGCAGGAAGAGGGUGUUGAUGUGAUGAACAGGGAGACAGCCCAUGAGAGGGAGGUGCAAGCCGCCAUGCAGAUGAGCCAUUCAUGGGAGGAGACCCUCAGUUUGAACGAUCACGACUUUGACAAGUCCUUGUCGUCUUCCCCAAAACGGAUCGACUUUGUCCCCGUGUCACCCGCUCCAUCCCCCACCAGGGGCCUUGGGAAGAAGCAAUGUUUCUCUCCAUCUCUGAAAAUCCUGGUCAACAGCAAAGGGCUAACGUCUAGCCCAGUUCCCAGCCCCACCCAUCGAUUUAGCCGGAGGAGUCAGAGCCCAAUCAACUGCAUCCGGCCCAGUUUUCUGGGGCCUCUCAAGAGGAAAUGUGAGAUGGAGGUGGACAGCCAGCCGAAGAGGCUGUUCCAGGGCAGCAUGGUGUCCCCGGAGGCUUCUCCGCCGUCAGACUUCAGCUCCUGUUUGACCCCUGAUGGCAGCCUCAGCAGUGUGGGGUCUUCGUCUGGGUCUCCCGCCAAGAUGGAGGGGGUGUCUUCCUCCCCCAGCUCUUUGUCUUUCACCCCUCUGCGGGACAUCUCCCCAAAAUGAGAGGGGGGUUCAGGAUGGGACCAGGCAUGGCAGGGAUCAGGAGCUCAUUCACUGCUUUAUAUUUUUUGGUUCCUCGCUUCAGUUGCUGAGAUGGACAGUUAUAAUGGAUUGGUAAACUGGGUAAACAUGAUCCUUGGUCACCACUUCUACCCCAUGUGCCAUAUUUGUAAGACUUUGGAGCUGGAGUUUGUGAGUUGAGUUGGACAGGCGACAGUUAACGGAGAAGGUCAUCAUCAGCUGCUGUGUUUGGACUUGGACCCUUGGGGCUUGAGCUUCUUCAUAGAUCCCAGACCUUGGACCCUUGGGGCUUGAGCUUCUUCAUAGAUCCCAGACUUAAGUCCUCGCCCCCAUCUCAACCAUCGCAGAUGGAAAGGUUUAUUUUUGGUUUUAAGAGUUUAACUCUUAAAAUGAUGAACUGCUUUUGUCAAGAUUUUAUGUUCUUCUGAUUUACCUGCACAAGGUUCCUGCCGGUAUUGUGUGAAUUAACUUAUUUGUUCAUGUGUGUAUUUUUUGUAUAAAUGUACACUCAGUGAGCACUUUAUUUUAUACUUAUUGGUCUUCUGCUGCUGUAGCAUAUCCACUUAAGAGGUUUGACAUUUCUGAGAUAUUCAAACCAUCCUCUCUGGACCAACAAUCAUUCCACGGUCAAAGUCACUUAGAUCACAGUUGGUCUUAAAAAUAGCUGAAACUCUUGACCAUGUCUGCAUGCUUUUAUGCAUUUAGCUGCUGCCACAUGAUUGGCUGAAAUAUUUUAAUUAACAACCUGGUGUACAGGUCUACCUAAUAAAGUGCUCAGUGAGUGUAUAUAUGAUCAGAUGUAUUACUCCAACAGUAAUGUUAAUAAUAUCAGCUCUGAAGUGAUUGCUGGGUCAGUGGAGCGACAGCAAAGUGACAUUCGCAUCCAAAGGUUUCGCAGGAGUCUUGUGCGUAACAUCCGUCUUUCUGAAAUGUGGAACCAAGAACCAAGCACUGUGUCUUUGGAGAGAACUGGGAUUGUAUGGUCAGUUCAUGUUUGAUUCGGCAUGUAAACUGGUCCUCAGCCAUUCUGCUCCGACACAAGUCGACCCUGUACUAGGUGGCCGGUUAAGACAAGCCUGGACUCCUGUUGUUCCAGAAAGGCAGUAAACAUGGCAUCAAGGUCAUUUUCACUCAUGUCAGGACUUGAACACUACAGAGGGACAGUCAUGCUGGGGAAAUGACUUAAGUGCUGCAAAUUGUGUUAGACUUAAGAUCAACCAUUGAAGUCUGCUGAAGUUUUAAUAGUUGCUGCUCUUUUUCCCAUGAGAAUAGAAAAUAGUCACUUGAUUUCCAUAUUUUUCUCAUCUUUAUUGAAUGAUCCUGUUUUAUUUUUAUUUUUGAGGCAGGCUGUUGAAACGAUCUUGAACUUUUCCUGGCAUAAUUGGUGAUUAAUGAAGUCCCUGCAUAGCUUGUUAAAGGCUUGACACUGACAGCAGCUAGCUAAUGACUUUAAAGUGAAUGCACUGUAGCCAUGGAAACAAACAUCGGAAUGGUGCUCUUCUGAGUGAAAUGGGUCUUCUUGGUGUUUUGCUUUUGCUGGUAAGAGAAUCAAUUAUUCAAUGUAUUUUUCUUGGAACUGCUGGAGCUAAAUUUUUUUAUUACAUUUUUUCCCCCUUGAUUGGCAAGAACAGUGUUUGCUCCCUGCAGCUGUACAUAGAUAUUGAGAUUGCAACAAAGGAAGGAAAGGGGUUAAUUCCAAACAUAAACCACACGAUCUAAAGAAGUCAUGUUUCGGGAGCAACACUGUAAUUUGCAGAUUCAGAAAUUCUCUGCCAUUUAGGACACAAAGUGAGCAAUUGUAAUGUGUGUUGACAGAAAAGGAAAAUCGGUCCACUUGUUUGGUUGUAUUUUCAAUUUGAGUAUUUGAAAUGCUUUUAUACAGCUGUAUUUUUGUAAGCAGACUGCUUGUGUCUCUGUUUCCCCUCAAACUGUGUAUAUGGGGUGCUACCUUGCAACUGCACCCAUGCAUUUUCUUUGUAUGCAUAAAGAUUGUAAAGUUAUGUUUUUAAAAUGAUACAAGUUUGAGGGAGGGAUUUUCUUAUUUUAAUUGUAUAAAGGAAAGUGAACUUUUGACGCAGCUGCAAUUAGUUGACUUGGCAAAUAUAAUUUUUCCCUUUUGUAAUCAGUUUGGGGGAAAGGUCUGUGAGUCUAUUGCUGUGCUAUCAUUGCUGGAAUGUUUUUUUUUGUUUUUUUUUCCUUCUUGUUUGGUCCUGUGGACUUGCUCGAUCUAUGUUUGAUAAACUGUACAUUUCUCUCUUUUUUUUGUUCAUUAAUUGUUAAUGUGUCCUAAAACUGAGAGGAUAGAAAAGAUCUGAUGGGCUGUUUUGUGAAGUGAGUGAGUAUGUAUGAGAGAAUCUGUUCAAUGAGAAUCAAUGAAGCUGCUUCUGUUUGUUUGCCUUGUCCCUCAGAGGAGGGAAGAACUGUCUCUUCUCUUUCUCUUCUCCUCUCAGUUCUGUCUGGGGCAAAAAAAGAAUAAAUUAUUAGUUGUACAGUA